GCUGCGCUGCCCAAGGGUUCUCACUUCCGCUCUGGAGCCCGCGCUUGGCUGCUGCUGCUGUGGCAGGGGUGCGUGUGUGACGGGAGCUGUGCGAGGCGGACAGCUGCGGCUACAUCGUUCCUUCCUGGCCUUAUGUCGCGGUCUUCGGCCAUGCCGAGGAUAUAUUUAGGGCGGCUCAGCCACCGGGCCCGGGAGCGUGAUGUGGAGCGCUUUUUCAAGGGCUAUGGAAAAAUCGUGGAAGUAGAUCUGAAGAAAGGCUAUGGCUUUGUGGAGUUUGAAGAUAUGCGUGAUGCUGAUGAUGCAGUGUAUGAAAUGAAUGGAAAGGACCUCUGUGGUGAGCGGGUGAUUGUGGAACAUGCUCGUGCACCAAGGAGAGAUACCCGCAGUGGCUCUGGCUAUCGCAAUAGUGGCAGUGAUAAGUUUGGCCCUCCAGUUCGUACAAUGUACCGACUAAGGGUGGAGAAUCUUUCUACACGGUGCAGUUGGCAGGACCUUAAGGAUUUCAUGCGCCAGGCUGGAGAGGUCACUUAUGCUGAUGCUCACCAGCGUCGAGCUAAUGAAGGAGUCAUAGAAUUUCGCUCAUACUCUGACAUGAAACGGGCAUUAGAUAAACUGGAUGGAACAGAGGUCAAUGGUAGAAAGAUACGUCUGGUGGAGGACAGGGCAGGAUCUUUGGUUAGACACUCUUCCUCUCGCAGUCGAUCAAGGUCACGCUCAGGGAGAAGCAGUCGCUCUAGAUCAAGAUCUCGCUCUCGCAGCAGAAGGCGGGAAAGGAGGAGCAGGAGUUACAGCAAGGACAGAAGAGAUAGUCGAAGUGUUAGCAAGGAAAGGAGGGACAGUAGGAGUCGCAGUAAGGAUAGGGCAAAAGGCAGAGAGAGGAGUAAUAGUCGAAGCAGAAGUAAGGACAGGAGAGACAGCAGGAGUCCAAGUAAGGAUAGGACAAGAGGCAGUCGUAGUCGCAGCAAAGAGAGGGUAAGCAGGAGCAAAGAGAGAAGUAGGAGUCAUAGCAAAGAACGAAAGGAUAGGGAUGGAAGAAGCAAAGAGACAAGCAAAAGCCCCAGUAAGGAACAAAAGAAGAGUAAAAGCCGAAGCAGGGAGAGAGAAAGCAGGAGUUCUAGCAAGGAGCAGAACAGCAGAAGUAAGGAAAGAAGCCAAAGCAAGGGCAGAGACGGGAGCAAAGAGAAAAGUUGCAGCAAGGAGAGGGAGAGCAGGAGCAAAGAUGGAAAUGGAAGCAAAGAGAGAGAAAACUGCAGUAGUAAAGAAAAAAGUCCAACUAGGGAGUUUGAAAGAAGUAGGAGUCUCAGCAAAGAUAAGGAAAGAAGCCAAAGCAAGGAAAAGAGAGAAGGGAGUCUGAGUAAAGAAAGAAGGCAUAGGAAUGGAAGUCGAAGGAAGGAUAAGGAUAGAAGCCGUAGCACAGAUAGGAGUAAGCGACAACGGAGUAGAAGCAUGGAACGGAAGAAUAGGCAUAGGAGAGAUAGGAACAGCAGACGAAGGAGCAAGGAUAGGAAGCGUAGAGAUAGGAGUCGCAGCAGAGAAAGGGAUAGAAGCAGCAGCCAGAAGAAGGACAGACAUAGUCACAGCAAAGAAAGAAGUAGAAGUUGCAGCAGAGAGGAAAGAGAAAGCAGACGAAAAAAGAGGGAAAACCGUAGCAGAGAGAGGAGUCGAAGCAAGGAAAGGGGCAGAAGAAAUGGCAGGCAUUCAAGCCGUAGUUGCAGCAAAGAGAAAAAUCUGAAACGCAGUCGUGAAAAGAGAAGCAGCAGUAGAGAGUCGAGUAAGAAAAUCAAAAAAGAGGACACCGUGGCGUUUACCACGGAAUCCGAUCAGGAAAUAGAGGAGGGUGAGAUCGUCGCCCACUCUGAAGCUAGAGAUGGUUCCGCUUCUCCAACUUCUCCCCCUUCUCCCCUUCCUACAGAGGUUAUUAAACAGGAGGUUGAAGAGGAAGCCCAGUCAGCCAGCUCUCCUCUGAAACCACGGUCGAGAUCAGCCUCUCCCACGGUGGCUUGACUUCCCUUUCCCCGACUUUCUACUACUAUAUGGAGUUCUGCUAUGCUCCUCAUGUUGGAUGUUUUAUAUUUAUUUCAGGAAUUAAAGCAUUUUUUAAUAUAUAUCUUAUGGUCUGUUAGCAUCUCGACAGUUCAACAUGUAAUUUUGUUUUUAAGUGCAUCAAAAGAAGUUGCCAAGUCAUAAAGCAGCAAGUGCAUACUUGAUGCAUGCUCUUGAUAUAUGUGGAUGUCUAUUUUGAUGCUUAAUGGAAGUUUGGUAAUAUGACUGGUGGGAAAGUAUGUUGGCAAGACAGACAUAGUUAUGAAAAUACCAGCUCAAAAUUGUGUGGUGCUGGUUUUCAUAUGAGCUCUUGUAUGAUUAGCAUUCAUUUAAAAGUGCAGGGGAAGAAGUGUAAUGUUUCUUUAUAAUUUAUAGGUUUCCCAGUUAUCCUAGUCACGUGUCUCUCCUUCCCUCCCCCCUUGAAACUUUGUUUUUCAUAUUUUUUAGUGAGGUCCCUUCUGCUUUUCAUUCCGUUUGAAUAAAGAAUAUUUUGCUUCAGAAA